AUGUCUCUCGGCAAGAAAGUCACUCUCAACUCCGGUCACCAGAUCCCCCAGUUGGGCUUUGGUACCUGGCAGUCUGCCCCUGGUCAGGUCGGCGAGGCUGUUUAUGAGGCUUUGAAGGCCGGUUACCGCCAUUUGGAUUUGGCAACUAUUUACCAGAACCAGCGCGAGGUGGCCGAGGGCAUCAAGCGUGCCUACAAGGAUGUUCCCGGUCUGAAGCGUGAAGACAUCUUUAUUACUUCCAAGCUCUGGAACAGCCAGCACCGCCCCGAGGUUGUUGAAGCUUCUUUGGAUGCCUGCCUUGCCGAGCUUGAGUUGGACUACCUCGAUCUUUACCUUGUCCACUGGCCUGUUGCCUUCCAGAAGGGUGAUUCAUACUUCCCCCUGGUUGCCAACAGCACCGUUGAGGGCGGUGAUGUGAUUAUUGACGAUGGUGUCUCUAUUGUGGACACCUGGAAGGCCAUGACCCAGCUCCCUAAGAGCAAGGCUCGCUCCAUCGGUGUCUCCAACCACACAAUCGAGCAUCUCGAGGCUCUCAUUAAGGCCACCGGUGUCGUCCCUGCUGCCAACCAGAUCGAGCGCCACCCUGUGCUCCAGAGCAAUGAUCUGAUUGAGUACUGCCAACAGAAGGGAAUCCACAUCACUGCUUACUCCGCUUUCGGUAACAACAUGCUCAACAUUCCUCUCCUUAUCACCCGCCCUGAGGUCAAGGAAGUUGCCGAGGCUGUUUCCAAGCGCACCGGCCAGGAAGUCACCCCUGCCCACGUCAUUCUCGCCUGGUCUCAGGUUGGAGGACACAGUGUUAUCCCCAAGUCUGUCACGCCUUCUCGCAUUCGUGACAACUUCAAGGAGAUCGAACUCACCGCUGAGGAGAUUCAGAAGGUCAGUGCUCUAGGUGAGAACCGAAAGCGCUACAAUACCCCCUAUACUGCCAACAAGCCUCGCUGGAACAUUAAUAUCUUCGGCGAGCCCGAGGAGAAGCCCGCUGACCACAAGGUCAUUCUGGGCAACUAA